GUAAAUCCUACUUUUUUAAAUUUAAAUAAAUAAAUAGCUAAAACUGUUGCAAAAUUCUCAACAUUAUAAAGAAAUAUAUAUAUAAAUUACAAUAGAAAAUUUAUAAUACAUUUGAAGAAACAAAACAUUUAAGAAAAAAAAAUUUAUAUAGGAAUUAUAAACUAUUUCGACAGAAUAAGUAAUGAAUAAGAAAUUAUUAUUGAAUUGGAAUUUUCCUCUUUUUCUAGAUUAGUAAAGAAAACUGUAGUACACAAUGAAAGCAUUUCUUAAUAUUUUCUUGAUAAUCCUAGUAAUAGCAACUAUUGUAAUAUCAUUUGGAACAUGUAAACCUAGUGCUACGACUAAACAUACUAUUGAAUAUACAACUGAAGAAGCUAGAUCAGCAAGUAUUGGAAGUACCGUCCUCAAGUCUCAUCACCGUAAUAUCAUAAGGGUACGUUCGAGAAAUGUGAAACUUGGUUGUCCUUUAGGAGAGAAACAGGAUCUUCGUGGAGUAUGUCGUAAAGUGUUGUAAUGAUGAAAAUUACAUCUAGGUAAUUAUAACUAAAUUAUAACUAAUAUUUUGAAAUUUAUUUUUAAUUAUAAUAAAAAUAUCAUCAAGUUACAAACAUGAUUUAUUCACACGUUAAUUAAAAAUCAAUUAAUCAAAUUUCAAAACUAUACAUAUAAUAAAAUUAUAAACAAACAAGGAAAUUUCUGUUAUGCUCGAUUGUUACAAAAACUUAUUUUAUAAAAAUUAAAUAUAAAGAUAUUAUUAAAGAUAUUGUUAAAUAUAAGAUAUUAAAAUAAAAUUGAAAUAAAUUAUUAAAACUUCUCCAGCACAUAUACGUAAUU